GUCCUUCAAGAAGGAAAAGCACAUCAUUUGGAAGACGAGACGCGGGCAACUUACAUUCGGCUUGCGCUUUAUUUUUUCCCUUCUUUCCCUUUUCUUUUUGUGUGGUCUCUCUCGCAAACGAAGCGAGUGCAUCCGCUUACUGUUUCCUUUGCGUGUCUGCCGGCAAACGAAUCGGCUGAAAGGGAAAGCAUGUCUUCCUCUGCGACCGCAGCGGACCCGUCGCGUGACCACGUCACCGUGAAAGGUCACUUCACCAGCCUCUGCGAUGACUACACAAGCAACAUCGUGAACACGACCCUGGCCAGCACGGACCCCCUUCUCAGCGCGGCAAUUCGAAGGCUGAUCGCUGAAUUCGAGCAGUUCUGGCGGCACCUGUCCGCUGUGGGCGCUUUCUCGCCUAAUGACGAGUUGGAGGAUUACUCCACCACCGCGUUGGAAAUGGUGUGGACGCCGUACAUCAUCGCCGACCUGUAUCAGCGCGUUCAGGGUCCGGCUCCGUCAGCUAAUGAUGGACGGGGCGGAAUUCAAGCUGCAGAGGGACGGAGUGCGAAUGCAGAACGGAUGCGCGGCGAAGAAGCCUUGCGUCACGGAGAGCAAAGACAGAUCGACGACGUCCAGACGACGCAGUCGGCGGGCGAGACUGCCCGGUUGACCUCGCACAGCUUGCAGGAGGAAGGCCUGCGAUCACUGACCCGGCAAGAGGCACUCGCCCGCUCCCACGCCUGGUUCAAGAUAUUUUUUGAAUGGAUGCAGAACGUGGAGUUGGUGGAUGAAAAGACGUUGAACACGUACUCGGUCUACCGCCCUGAUCAGCGUACCCAACGCAUUGAGCUUUCCCGCACCCUUACCAGCCUGAAGGCGGCGUGGAGGGCGGAAGAGGACAAGGUGGGCUAUUUGCGUGCGAAGCGCCGACGCAUGCGGGAGCUGAUGGAAGAGGACGGCGAAGCAGCGGAGGAGACGGGUGGUGAGGAGGAGGAGGCACUGCGCGAACGUGCACUGGCCCGACUGAAGUGGUCCAUCUACGAAGCAUGCCAUCAGCUGCAAAUUUCGUCGCGCGAGCUGAGCAUGCUGGAGGCGCUGGAUCCCGCACAGCGGGCUGCAAUCUCGAAGGAGUAUCAGGCCACCAUGGACGCCGUGCGCCGCGGGGAGCUGUCGCUGGGGCGGCACACCUACACAAUUUUAUCUGGUGGAAUGAUGACGGCAGGCACGAUCGAUCAGCCGCAGCAGGUACGAGCCAGCGACAUCUUGCAGUCCGGCGGAAUCACGCAGACGAUGCCCGCCCCGGCAGCGACAUCGUCCGUUGCGCUCGGCAGCGUGGCGAAUCAGCGGCUCUAUCGUCAGCAGGUGCGCAACGAACUCAUGGUAGACAGAAACGCGCCCACCAUGACGCUGCAGGAGUUUGCGGCGAUGGAAAUGGCGGACAUCCAACGUCAAAUGGACGAGGCCCAGGGUAGGCAGCAGCAGCAGGCAGAGGAGGAUGCCCGUAUUGGCCCGGACGGCGUGGAGGAGCGCAAACGACAGAAGGACAGCGCCUGGGACGACUGGAAGGACGAUCACCCCGCUUUCGGGGUUACCAACAAAGGCAACUACUCUUGA